AAGGUAGUGGUUGUUGAUGUUUUCCCAAAUUCCUCAAAUCUCUCUUAACUAAAUAUUUUCUUUUUUUCUAAGGAAAAAUCUCAAAUACGCCAUCGAACUAUUCGAAACGGCUCAUUCAUGCCACUCGUUAAUAGUUAGGUUCAUUAUUACUUUACAUAGAAAAACAAAACAUGUGGAAUAAGAUUAGAUUCAUAAUCUAAUUAACUAAGAGAGUAUAUAACGGUGUACUUUCUCUCUCUAACUUUCUCUGGGCGCAUGAUUAGCGUGAGCUGCUAACCUAUGCCUGCUGGAAAAAUAGGGAGGGGACGGCCUAAAAAGACACCGCAAAGGAAACAAUGAAGCUUCAGCUCUCGGAAUUUUUCUCAGGGAAGAAUGGAAGCACAGAGAAGAAUGGAGCACCAAGUGCCGCUUCAAAGGGUACAAAUCCAUCGACAAGUAGGGAACUGAAGAACAAUUCGACUAAACAAUCCACACUACUAGCUAGCCCUAGUCAUAUUGAGGUAGUCAAAGUAGCAAGUGGAGCUACAACCCCAAACAUGGGGGAGACGCAAAGCCCAGGGAGAGUGAUUCAAACUUCUAAGACCAACCUGAACAUACAGACAACAGUAGAGGUAAUAGAACAGCAAAAGGGGGAGGAACAACGGUCAUGGGCGUCAAUGAUCACAGAGAUAAAGCGAUGUGAAGAUGACGAGACUUAGAGCAAAUUGAGCAGAAAGUUGUUGAAGUUCUAAUUACAUAAAAGGUUGCUGAAGACAUGAGAAUUAAUGGUAGCUAAAUCAAUAUUUUCUGCGUGGUAAUGAUUGAGUGAAGUUGUAAUGCUAAAUCAAUAUUGUCUACGUGGUAAUGAUUGAGUGAAGUUGUAAUGAAUGGAAUUUGUAUGAAGUACAGCAAAA